CAAACUGAAAUCACAAUCUGUCUGUAGAAAAUUUUUGCACGUGAUUUUGAAUUGUUUAUUCAGAUUUUUAAGUGAUAAGCAAAUAAGGUCAAGAUUAUACAAAGAUAAGGGUAACCUCGAGAAGAAACUCACAGGUUAUCUCUUAGUACUUUAAAAGAUCAUCGUGGGCAGACUUUCAUAUUUCAUUGGACUGUCUACAAUUACACGAUUUACAAUUAAUUUCGGCAACCUGUGAAGAGGAUCAAGAUAAUGUCGAAUUACGGGAAGCGAAACGUUCACACCCCGACGGGCGAUAGCUUUUAUUCUUCGACCAGCUAUGGAGGAGGAGCGGCUGGUGGAGAGUUUUCCUACUCGUUUGCCCAAGAUCAGCAAUUUGAAUCUUUUGAUUACAAUUCAUCUCAACAGCAACAUUCGUCUAGUACUUCGGCAGCCUCGCCAGGAUAUUACGAUCCGUCUGCGGCUGUCACGAGCGUACAGCAGGCGUAUGGUGCAGGUAUCCAGCCGACUUACUAUGUCCCAACAGCAGCUCCAGCCGCCGCAGGAACGUCCGAGUUUGAGAAAGAAUUUGAAGAUGAACCACCCCUAUUGGAAGAACUUGGAAUAAAUCCAAGUCAUAUCAUGGAGAAGACGCGAUCAGUGCUUAAUCCGCUAAGAAAAACCGAUGCUACAAUUUUGCAAGAUACCGAUUUGGCUGGUCCUGUCGUCUUUUGCGUUCUCUUUGGUUUCAUCCUUCUUCUCUCGGGAAAAGUACAGUUUGGUUACAUUUAUGGGAUUGGAGUCAUUGGAUGCUUAUCGAUGUAUUUCCUCCUCAACAUGAUGAGCACUGCGGGCGUGUCUUUAGGAAUUGUGGUGUCUGUUCUGGGAUAUUGUCUCCUUCCGAUGGUUGGGCUUGCGGGGGUCAAUCUGCUCUUUUCGUUGCAAGGGAUUGUGGGAAGUGUGCUAACUUUUUGUGCCAUUUUGUGGUGUAGUAUGUCGGCAUCAAAAUUGUUUGUCACGGCGUUGAAUAUGAAUCAACAACAGCCUCUCGUGGCAUAUCCAUGUGCUCUGGUGUAUGGUGUUUUUGCAUUAUUAGCAGUGUUUUAGACUGGAUUAAUGCAAAUUUAAUAAUUAAUUACGACAUUUAUAUAACAUUCAGCAUUCUAUAAUAUGUAGUUGAUAUAAAAAAUGAUCCGACUCUUAUAUUUCUAUGUCAUAUAUAUAUAUUAUAUAAAUUAGAAAGAAAUAGAGUAAGCCCCUACUAAUUCGUUAUGAAGACUGUGUCCACAAUAAUAUUCAUUUGUGAUUAGAAUUUUGCAAUUUCUCACCCACAUUUUAUGACGUGUUAUAUUACAAUCAGAUCAAAAUCUAAAGUGUGAAAUAGCUCCGUGAAAUGAAACUUAUUAACCCGUGCUAAAUAUUGUUACUCAGAAGGAAAACUUCACUACUUUGCCUUCUCAAAUUCUAAUGUCUGCCUCCUUGUUGAGUGGGUGCGGCAGGGCUCAAAUGUGGCCAUGGCUUCAAACUUGGGGGUCCUAUGACCCCCAAGUACCAAAUAUCCAAAGGGCAUCCAAAUCUGAGAAAGGCAAGUAGUCAAACCUUCCUCCUCAGUACAAUACAUAAAAUAAGACGACAUCGUUGUUUGUAAAGUUGAAAUUUAUUACCAUUUGCAGUAAAUACUCUAUUUAUUAUCAUGAAUUAAAAUCGGUCGGUUGACCCUUAUUCUCAA